GCGUAUCAUGACGACCCGGCCGUACCAAGGCUACCCCUACGCCAACCCGCAAGUGAUAGACGCGCCGUCCAUCGACGCGGCCACCGCCAGCCGGUGGAACAACUUGCCCCGUCGUCCCCUUCACCCGCCACAACCAAAGAAUGUGGAUUUCCCUGAUUGCAGUCAGAAGGUAUCCGGUAAGAAACAUCCGGACGCAGAACCUGAUCCGGUCAUCUACAUAGACGUGCCGGAGAGCUCCGGCAGCGAUGUCGCCAGUCCGGCUUCUAGUCGGAACCGUAAAUCCGAGUCGCACUCGGAGCCGGAUCCGGUGAUCUACAUAGACGUGCCGGAGAGCUCCGGAAGCUACGUCGCCGGCCCGGCUUCUAGUCGGAACCGUAAAUCCGAGUCGGACUCGGAGCCGGAUCCGGUGAUUUACAUAGACGUGCCGGACGGCGAGGGUAGCGACGUCGCUGGACCGGCGCGGCUCGAACCGGAGCCCGAAUAUGUGCAAGAGACGAUAUUCUACGACCCGUUCGAGAACCGCCGGAUCGACCGGCAGAAGCCAUCCGACACGGACACGGCCUCCGGCGCCGGCCCGUCGCGGCCGACGCCACCCAACACUUUGGAUGUCCGCGGGCUCUCGGACUCAUCAGGCUACGGAGGCUCUACAAAAGAGGCCUCAAUCUACGGCUGCGACGACUUCUCAUUGUCACCCCUACCGGUAGGACAAUACCCUGAUCUGCCCCCGGCGUACAGCGAGAUCGACACGCCACACACGACACACACGCCACAGACGCCGCCCGAGAGUACGCCAACGCCACCGGAGCCGCCGAGAACUGUCGUCAUUACUCAAGGCAACUAUAAUCGUCCACCUGUCGAGUCAUCCAUCGGCCUCCCGAGUCCGGACCGAAAAGUGGUAUAUUGCCAACACUGUUCCCAACGAGUCCACACGCUGGUUAUACGGGAAAUUGGACCCAUCACGCACUGGAUUGCGUGCUUUCUGUUCAUAUUUUUGAUGCCCUUCGUAGUGUUUGUGUACUGCACCAACUGGUUCACGUACAAGAACCACUAUUGCCCCAACUGCAACAAGAAAAUCGGCUACGAGAUGCCCGCCAUGUGCAUCAGAAUGACUUAUAUACGGACGGACACGGGAUAAGCUUUUGACUAGGGC